AUCCCGAAACAUAAAAUAUAUAAAGAGUUUAACGCGUAUCCUCUAAUAUUUCUCGAAAAAGUGACCUAAGUAUUAAGUGCCUAAACAGUAGUUCCUGUCUUAAUAUUAUCUAUCGUUGCAUUUACAUUAUAUCAACAACAAUGUCAUUAUACUACUGGGACCCAUUUCGAUCUUCACGUGUCUAUAAUCGUGGUUUCGGGCUUGAUCCUGAUGAUCUACUAGCGUUAACCGUUCCCUUUCAAAGAAAUCUUUACCUAAAUCCGUGGCAAGCUCCAAUUCGAGAUGUUAGUCCAAUCGUAUCGGAUAAAGACAAGUUUCAAGUGAGUGUUGAUGUUCAGCAUUUUAAACCUGAUGAAAUAAGCGUAAAAACUUCCGGAAACACCGUUGUUAUCGAAGGAAAACACGAAGAAAAACCAGACGAACACGGUUUUAUCUUCAGACACUUUGUGAGGAAAUACGAUGUUCCAAACGAUCAUGAUUUAAAUCAAGUGCAGUCUACGUUAUCGUCUGAUGGUGUUUUGACCAUUACAGCCCCCAAGAAGGCUAUCGGCGGCCAGGGAGUGACCUCUAUUCCGAUUACACAAACUGGACAACCCAGCAAACCCAUGGAAAGCAAAAGAGAAGAGGUUAGCCAACCAGCGGUUUAUAAAAAUGUUGAAAACGUUCCUGAACAAAAGAAACAGGAAGUUGUGCCAAGUCAACCUCCACCAGUUCAAGGAGAAAGAAUAAUCCCAAUUGCACAAGAACCUAAUACGCCAGUUGAAAUUUCACCGAGUGAGCCACAACAGCAACCACAGUAAGAAGUUAAACCAGAUGAAAAAAAAUACGUAUCGGUAAUUUAUUGUUAUCUAAUGUAAUACCUAUGCAUUUUUUUUAUGUUUUAUUGUCAAUUGUCAGCUUCAAAUUUGUGCCUUACAAUAUAAUCUGUGAUUUAGACAUGGGUAAAUUGUAAUAGUGUAAUAGAUUUUGUCAAAUUUCAUAAAUGUGAAAUACCUAGAAAUUUUCUAAUAAUUCGGAGAAUGUUAAAUAUGAUUUAAAAUAACAACCACACACUUA